AUGGACUCUGCUCAGCAUGGACAUUCUCAAGCUGGAUCAGUUUCAAUGACCUCGCCGAUGUCUCCAGAGGCACCUGUAGCCGCAGUAGGUGCCCACAAUGACAGACAUUUUUUCAAUGGCAGCCGUACGUUCAGCAUUGAUCGCCAACCUACUGGUAAAGGCACCGAGAGGCAGUCCCAAAGGGAAGACGCUCGGCCGUCUACCUCGCCUGCAAUGCAGCCCACUGUCAACGACAACAAAGACAAGGACGACGAGGAGUCCGAGGCCGCUCGCAUUGAACGUUUAGGCCGACAACGACCGGCUCAAUUCGAGACUAUUUGGGCAGAGGUCGCCUUUGCCUACUCCAUCCUUGCUUCACAGAUCAUGGCUGAAUACUUCGUAUCCGGCUUCAAUGUACUUCUUCCAACGCUCAAGCGUGAGCUCGACAUACCGCAGGCAUCGGCAGUCUGGCCCGCUUCUGCUUUCUCACUGGUGACUGCAGCAUUUCUUCUCCCGUUUGGUCGUCUCGCAGACAUGUACGGCGGGUAUCCCGUCUACAUCGGCGGCUUGGCCUGGUUCAUGCUCUGGUCUCUCAUCGCAGGGUUCUCCCAGAACGAGUUGAUGCUGGACUUCUGCAGAGCACUGCAAGGCCUUGGUCCGGCUGCUUUCUUACCGUCUGGGGUCAUGCUGAUUGGAAGUAUCUACCGCCCUGGACCGCGGCUGAAUAUCAUGUUUUCGCUGUACGGCUGCGCUGCACCUUUUGGGUUCUUUGUGGGCAUCUUCUUUGCGGGCGUCACCGGCAGCUAUUUGCCGUUUGGCUGGUACUUCUGGAUUGGUGCGAUUCUGAUUUUGUCGAUACUUAUUCCUGCAUAUUUCGCCAUUCCUUCCGACAUGCAAGAACGAAAGGAACUAGGGGUGAAGAUGGAUUGGUAUGGAUCAAUCUUGAUUGUGGCGGGACUUAUCCUCCUUGUCUUCGGAGUGACCGAUGCUUCGCACGCACCAAAUGGUUGGCGCACUCCUUACAUACCCGUGACGAUCAUUUUGGGAGCCUUUCUUCUUGGAGUUGCCUUAUAUGUCGAAGGAUGGGUCGCACAGGCUCCGCUGCUUCCAUUCGACAUUUUCCGCGUUCCACAGCUUACGCCGCUCUUCAUCGCUCUCUUCUUUUCUUAUGGGGUCUUAGGUGUUUUCCUCUUAUACGCCACGCUUUAUAUGGAAGACAUCAUGGGUGCAGCCCCUCUUCAAGUCGCGGCCUGGUGCGCUCCCAUGAGCGGAGGCGGUAUCAUCAUUGCAAUCGUUGGAGGCUACGUUCUUCAUCUGAUACCAGGGACGCUAUUAAUCCUGAUAGCUGGUCUUGCAUGGUGUUUGACGUCAAUCUUAUUCGCUGUCGCACCAGAUGGCGCGAGCUAUUGGGCUUAUGUCUUCCCUGCUAUGAUUGGUGCUACAGUCGGCAUCGACGUUACCUGGAAUGUUGCCAACAUCUUUAUUUCGACGAGCCUAUCUCACGAUCGACAAGGCCUGGCAGGCGCUAUCAUCAACAGCUUGCUCUACCUUGGCAUCGCAGUCUGUUUGGCCUUUGCAGAUGUUACGCAAACGGAGACGGCAAAACAAGGGCUCAAGAAAAGCUAUCAAUCAGUCUUUUGGUACCAAUUUACGUGCGCUGCACUGGCGCUUCUCAUCUUGUUGGUAUUUGUCAGGAUAAAAAAGGCGAAAAGUGAUUUGACGGUGGAAGAGAGGAAAGCUAGGCAGGAAAAGAGUCAAGCAUGA